GUUGCCUGGUUAGCUACUCUCGUGCGCAACGUAGUCAGUUGAAAUGUAGGCUCGCCGAUAGAUAGCAAUGCCCGUAGAUAGUAAUUUUCAUCCCACAAAUGUCACAGAUCGCACUCGGUUGUCGACGUUAACUAAACUUUAUCUGUCGUUUUGAAGCUGAGAGCACUGGCUCUGUGCGGACAUUAGCUGGAUAUCAUUAACGGGCGGAGCAGAAGGUUCUUUUCUCUGGGAAAAAAGUGGCUAACCUUAGCUAGGUAACCUUAGCAUCAGAGUCACUAGCGUCUCCUCUUGCCACAGAGAAGAACAGAGGCUGUAGAUAUGUGAUUGUGGGUUAGCUGGCUGGUUAGUUCCUCUAAUGUUGGCGGACCCCUGAUGAGUCGUAACGUGAUUUUACAGUGGUAUAUGUGUUCGUGUCACAUCGCUGAAACUACCCGGGCAGAGCGGAACUGAGGAAUCCGGCCAGACGUCGUCACCAUGUUGGAGGAGGACAUGGAAGUGGCCAUCAAGGUGGUCGUAGUCGGCAAUGGAGCCGUUGGCAAGUCCAGUAUGAUCCAGCGUUACUGCAAGGGUAUCUUCACGAAGGACUACAAAAAGACCAUCGGAGUGGACUUCCUGGAAAGGCAGAUAGUUGUAAAUGACGAGGAGGUCCGACUAAUGCUGUGGGACACCGCUGGACAGGAGGAGUUUGACGCUAUCACCAAGGCCUAUUAUCGUGGUGCACAAGCAUGUGUGCUAGUCUUUUCUACCACAGACAGGGAGUCGUUUCAGGCCAUUGACAACUGGAGGGAGAAGGUGGAGGCAGAGGUUGGAGAUAUUCCCACAGUUCUAGUGCAGAACAAAAUUGACCUCUUGGAAGAGACUGUUAUAAAAAACGAGGAGGCAGAAGCUUUGGCUAAAAGACUUAAACUGAGAUUUUAUCGAGCUUCGGUAAAAGAGGACCUUAAUGUCAACGAGGUUUUUAAGUACUUAGCUGAGAAGUACCUUCAGCGACUCAAACAGCAAACAGCAGAGGAGACAGAGGUGGUCCAUACAACAAGCAAUAAAAUAGGUGUUUUUAACACCACAAGUAGUAAUACCUGCAACCAGAGCUCCAGCAACGGCAGAGAAGUCAUCACUUUGCGACCUAACAAACAAAGGACCAAGAAGAGUAAAAAUCCUUUCGGGAGUUGCAGCCUACUCUAGAUAGGAUCAUUUCAUUUUAGUGACAGACUAUUGUUUCCAAGACUAGAUUGGUCAUUGUAUUCAAUGGAGGUAGCCACAUGUAGAGACCAAAGCCCAUACAGACUGGGGAAAUACUAAUCUGUACUACUUUAAUAACCUGAUGUUUAGCCUGUAUCCCUACAUUGAUGGUUGAAUUUCCUUUGCUUCAGCCUUGGAUCUUCCAUCAAUGAUCUGCGCACAAAACCUGUCAACGUUUGUACACUCUUGGGUCCUCUUUGUUGUUGCCUUAAGUUACAGCAACAUCUGCAGAUACAGUAUGUUGUGUUAUGAAUUGAAUGAAGUACACCCCCCCCCCCCCCCCCCCAAAAAAAAAACAAAACAAGAGUCUAUGAGUGCUUGUGGUUUUUGGUCUAAAUAAUGUAAUAGCAAAGGUUGCACUCUUCCUCUGAGAAAACAGUUGCUCGUGGUCACCCAUCCAUGCGUUUGACAUUUCAGCCGUGCAAUAUGUUUGCAUGCAUUGUAGAAGAUGCGCAGACUAUUUUGUACCAUAUUUUUCUAACUGUCAACAGAAUAUGGUUCAGACUAUACUGUUCAUUGUGGACAAAACGCUGUCGAAUCCAGAGUUAAUUCUCUGUGCAUAAGUAUUUUUGUACGAAUCACAACAGUGUUGAGUGAUAUUUUCACUUUAGUGUUGACAUAGUGCCAAAUUUCCAUUUUCUGAGCUGUAGUUGAAUAUUAACACUGCAGUGAUUUGGAUGUAACUUGAAAAUACUAGAAUGUACUCCUAUGUACAACCAAAUAUCAAUAGCUAUUAUUAUAAAAUAGUUCUCUGUCUGCUUACAAACCACUUAUUUACAGAUUAGUUAACCAAAUUCUCACAAAGUCUAGGAUUUUAUGAUGUUAAAAAUUGGUUGAUUCUCUUCUCUUUGAGUGAUAGUCCAUAAAGUCACAAUCAUUUACAGUACUCUGUUUUGAUUUCAUUUGUUUACAUUUUUACUUUAACUUUGGUACAGCUUUGAGUCAGUCAUUGUUUAGUUUCAGAGCAAAUAAGUUUCAAUACCUGUGUAUUCUGUUUUUACAAUAUUUCUUUAUAGGAUAUCAUUCUGCUCCUUUUCGAAUGGGGGAAAGGGAGAAGGAGUGGAAACAGAAUCGAAAAGACUGAAAGAGGUGUCUUGAGCAGAGUGUGAACCCUUGCUCUCUGAAGGUGUUGCAAAAAGCUGACCCUUAGGAUCAUAUAUUUUUCUGUUGAAGAGCUUGUAUGUGCCUGAAUAUGCAAGAUAUUCCUUCUUACAAAAAUUUCUUCUUACUUACAUGAAGGUACUCCAAAAACUAAUGCUCAGUCACAGCUAGCUGUGAAUUAUGUUAUUGCCUUGUCUUCAUCAAGCCUUUUUAUUUUUGUUUUUUUUUCCAAACUCAUUAUCUGAAAGACACCGGUUUACCAAGCACAAAUAAAUAUGUGGUAAUGUAUAAAAGUCUUAUAUUAAAUCUCCUGGCUAAAAGUAACAUUUCUUUAUUAAUAGUUACUAUUGUAAGUAUUUUACAUGUAAUUAGACACAGGACAUCUGGGGUUACAUGUGCAUGCAUGUUUUUGUCUUUUUAAAAGUUUUGUAACUGAUCUCAGAUCUGUGUUAGAAGGUCAGAUGGGACUGAUUUCAUUCAUUUCUUUUUUUCACUUCAUAGUCUGUUGUGAACAUCCCAACAGGUGCUUCAGAUGUGUUCAACAUUUAUCAUUAUAUCAUAUCAGUUAUAUCAUUGGUACUAAGGUUGUGUUCCAGUCUUUCUUUCUUGUUUUUUUUUUUUUUUUUGGUAAACAGUUCUGUUUUGGAAAAAAAAAGAAAGUGUGGCAUAAGUAAUGCAUGCAAGCCUUUUUUCCACAUCAGUGAAUGUUCAAUCAUGGUUGCAAUGCCACAAUGCCUUGUCCAUGUUUACAUUCUUCCCCUCUGACCGCCAGUAAGCAUUUUAAUCCUGCUCUUGCUGUUUGUUUAAAACUGCCUGCACAGUAAAUCUGUAAAUAUUUAUUUCUCUAGCUUUCUCUCACUUGUAACAUUGUGUUUACUUUGCCUUUUUGCUUUUUGACUGAAUGGAUUUAGUGCACUUUAUCAUUAAGAUGGCAUAUAAUCUUAAAGAACCAUAAGUUAAAACUAACAAUACUUAUGUGCUGUCACUCAGGUGUUGUAAUAAUCUUUGUGUCUUGCUAUUACUUUUCUUUUCCACACGCAACUUCAUAAACCAGUUUCACACAUUUAGAUAGACAGACCAACAUAUGUAUGCUUACAUAUGUUGUAUGUCUUUUUUUUUUUUUUAAACAGUUUCAAAUGUAUCACAACUUGAAGUGUGCCACACAGCUGCACACCUGAUGUUAAGUUUUGGGGGGGAAAAGUUGUCGGUAAUCUGAAUUAAAUAAAACUUUACUUUUUUUCUUGGGCAUCCCAUGUGUAAUUUCAAAUGACCAUACCUUUCUGUCAGUACAGUCUUUUAACCAAAAAUUUACAUUAAAACAUUUUUGUUUAGGUGCACGUGGUUAAGAAGGUGAGAUAAUC